AUGGGCGGCGCUUGCUUCAUGAUGCAGCCUACGAGCUCGGCUGAGGAAAUCGCAGGCCACUUCGAUCGUGUGCCGCUGUUCGCUAUGCUGUCCGUACCAGGAGGAGCGACCGACCUGUCCAGAAUCAUGACUCUUGAUGACCUGAUCGCAGCCGCUAAGGAUCUACCUCCGGUGCAGAAGGGUCCUUUGUCUGUCAACGAAGCGACUCGACGUCGCAUCGUGGCCAUCACGCACAAAAACCUCAUCGCCAGCAUCCUGCAGGCUUCAGAGUCUCUAGAGACCACCAGAGAAGCAGGCUCCGAGAUAGCUCUGGGUUGCCUGCCGUUCCGCCACAUCUCUGGUCUUUGGACAGCUCAUCUGCUGAUGUAUCUUGGCGACAGCGUGCCGCCGAUUAUCAACGCUCUGUCGCAAAAUGGAUCUACGUUGGCUCAAUUCGGCUUGAGCUCCGUUCGCUUGAUCGUGUCGGGAGGCGGACCUCUGAGUAAAGAAGCAUUUGCCAAGAUGCAAGCCGUGUGUGCCCCCAGGUGCGAAUUCUCAGCGGUUGGGUCAGAUCUGACCGAAACCUGCGGUGUCGGGUCCCUGUCAUAUAUCAACGACAUCUUCCCGGGCUCGAGUGGGGUCUUGCUUCCGGGCGGCCGCAUCCGAUUGAGAGACGAUAACGGCAGUGAGAUUGAGACUCUCGAGGAAAUGGGCGAAAUCGAGAUUGCCUCUCCCAGCCUCGUGCGCGGGUACAUUGACUCUGCCAGCGAUGCGCUUCUCCCGCCUACAGACAAUGCGGACUUCUGGUGGCCAACAGGCGACGUCGGCCUCUUCCGCGCGGCCCCCAGCGGCGAGAACCAUCUGUUCAUUGUAGAUCGCAUCCGGGACAUGGUCAAGGUCAAGACCGCCGUCAUCGGAAUCCCUGACGAAGUAGCUGGUGAGCGAGCUCUGGCCUUCGUGGUCCGGGAGCCGUCGUAUGCACCUGAGACGAGCGAGGCCGAUCUUCGAAGGGAAAUCCGGGAUUGCAACGACCUGGAACUGCCUGAGGUUUGCCAUCUCCAGGACCGAAUCAUCUUCAUCGAUCAGAUACCGAAAAGUGCGAGCGGCAAUAUGCUUAAGCGAGCACUGAGGAAGCAGCUGUCUUCGCCUGGCUUCCCCAGUCCCCUUCUCUCAACUUGA